AUGGAUAUUUUUGUGCGCGGAGUUCCUGUCCAGACGACCGAGUAUGCUCUACGGGAUUUCUUCAAGCCAAUCAUGGAGCAGUUCUCUAUCCUCAGGUUCAACUGCACAAAGUUCAGGAACAAGCCUUUCGCGAUUCUCACCGUCACAGACGUUGCGAAAGCCAAACGCUUCCUGAAGAGAUUCACCCAGACCACGAUGGGUGGCAUGGGCGAACUACUCUUUUACUUCAAUACCCGUUUGAUGGUUAGCGAGAGUAGAAACAAGCCGAACGAGCUCGCUUUGAGAGCGCUUCGCCAUGAAGAGGAAAAUCUGCUGCGAAGGGCUAGUCGCAGCACGAGAUCCGAUCCAGAAAACGAGGCCGCAUCGCACAAACCGAACCGAGGUCAGGAUCAGAGAAAGUUUGACUUUUCAGGCUUGCAAUGUGGCAUAUGGGACUUUGACGGGUCGGACAUAGUAUUCGAGUCCCAGUUCCAAGACAGCAGGAAGGGAAGCAUUGUGUUCGGCAAAAAGGCUCUGGCGAUAAUUCUACGCGCAGGACAGCAGAUUGAUUUCAAGUCUCGACUGGACAUCCCCUAUUCGAGUAUCGACUCUAUUUUGACGUGUCCACAAACGAACAAAGUCACCUUCACCCUCACGAUCGCCCCACGGAUUUACAAAAUGGAAGACAAUUCGAUGGAGGAAAUGUUUAGUGGCCUUAGUCUGCUUCCCCCCUCACACAGACGGGUAAACGACCGUGUGCGGGUAUGUGCAAUCGACGAGUCACACCAGUCCGUCGUUGGAAUCUCCUUUGUCUACCGGAUCACGCUUGUGAAUCGGAAAGACACCUCGAAGGUUGAUCACCUUGUUCAAACCAACCGUGGAAUGCCAUCAGUUCUUAGUCUUUCUACCUCGGAAACAUUCAUGAGCGGCACUAUCCAAAAGGAUUUCCAGGGUGUGAUGGGUUUACUUUGCCCAGGCUGCCAAUUUGGCGAUUUUCCUUUCUCUACCAAGUUUCAGAUUGAGCGAUUGGCAAGAAACGGUUACCUAUCGCCGAUCCACAUUAUCUUCCUCCUCCCAACCAUCCAGCACCUUUCUGAUCAGGAAGGCCACAUUCCGACAACUAUGGCAAUCCGAACGCUGACCAGGAACAUGGAGAUUCCAGGGCCCCAUCUUGAUUCAAAAAGCCUGAAUGGCAUAGUCUUAGCCAAGAUGCUUGCUCAGUAUGCUCAAGAGUUCGAGCUCGAGGGCUCCAUGUACGACUCGAACUCGUGGAACAACAAUCAGUGUGCCCUUGUACACAAGGUCACUGUCACUCCUGCCGGGACUUACCUCGAGGGCCCCGAUCCAGAAGCGGAAUUUACGGACGAGGAUGGCGAUUAUGUCCGGUUCGAACCAAGAACUGAUAUGUCGGCGAUAUUCGGCAAGCGCUUCAAAGAUGUGCUCGAUAGCACCAUCGACAUUGGUGGGCGUUCCUUCGAGUUCUUGGGGUUCUCUCAUUCUUCACUUCGCCAAAGGACGUGUUGGUUCAUGGCUCCUAUCACACUACAUAAAGGCCUGGUUGUCACAGCACAAGAUGUCAUCAAGGGUCUGGGCGAUUUCUCCGAGAUUCGAUGCCCAGCAAAAUGCGCGGCGCGUAUCGGACAGGCCUUCUCCGAGACUACAGCUACGGUGACUAUAUCACGCGAGAUGCUUCAGCCUAUGCACGACGUGGUUAGAAACGGCCGCACGUUUAGCGACGGUGUUGGCACGAUCUCAUCUGAGUUGCUCCGUCGUGUGUGCAAGCAUUACGGGCAAAAUCGUAGUGCCAAGGGUAUGGUCUCACUAGACAAUCGCCUUCAGGGAGAGCUGUUAGUCCUUCGCCCUUCAAUGCAAAAAUUCCACGGCUCAAGAACGUGGGAUAUCGAAGUCUGCGGUGCCAAUUUCAAACCACUGCCAAUGUACCUCAACCGGCAAUUGGUCAAGAUUCUCGAGGACCUCGGCGUACCUGCAGAAAGCUUCCUCGCGCUUGAGGAUCAGAUGGUCGAACAGAUUCGUCGCAUUACCGAGUCGCCUCUCAAUGCUGCCAUCUUUUUAGAGACAAACCGCGUCGGCAUUUCUACAAAGAUGCCAUUUAUUUUCCGAUUUCUGGACGAAUUAGGCCUCACCUUCGGUGGAGACAGCUUUUUGUCCCAUGUCGUGGAAAUUUCAGUCCUCUCUCAACUUCGCGAUGUGAAGUACCGUUCUCGCAUCUCAGUGGAGCAAGGAGUAACACUAUACGGUAUCAUGGAUGAGACCGGUUUCCUGGAGGAAGGUGAGAUCUACUGCACUUUCGAACGGCCGGGAGAGAAAGGCAGGCUCAAGAAAUGUGUCCUUACCGGCAAGAACGUGGUUGUUACCAGAUCCCCAGCUCUGCACCCAGGUGACGUCCAAAAGGCCCGAGCUGUCAAGGUACUGCCUUCCGGUUCUCCAUUGAGAGCGCUCUCCAACGUGGUAGUUUUCAGCCAGAAAGGCCAGCGUGAUCUGCCUUCUCAGCUCAGCGGUGGAGAUCUCGACGGUGACCUAUACAACAUCAUUUUCGAUGAGCGCCUCAUCCCACCGAACAUUCAUCCACCUGCCGAGUAUAAUACCGUCCCUCCUAUGGACAUUGGCCGACCGGUUUCCCAGAGAGACAUCACGGAGUUCUUCGUUAAGUUCAUGGAAACAGACCAACUCGGCCGCAUCUCCACAAUACACAUGCAAUUGGCAGACAGAGCUCCCACGGGGACACUUGAUCCCAACUGCAAGAAGCUAGCGGAAAUGGCAUCUACAGCCGUAGAUUUCUCGAAGACAGGGAUUCCUGUGGACAUGAGCCAAUGUCCUCGACACGACAUGAUCCGUCCAGACUUCAUGGCUACCAGCCCCCACGUAACCGUCCAGAGGGGUGGAGUCGCCUUUGAUGAACACGAUGACGAUGAUGACAACGACGCCGUGGAAGCCCUGGAUCCUGAUCUCAGAUCAUUCAGGUACUAUGAAAGCGAGCACGUGCUUGGCCGCUUGUACCGGGCAAUCGAUGAGAAGAAAAUCUUCGAGGACAUGCAUCGACAUAUUCAAAGCGACCAUCGUGUUUCAGCAGGUGUGGACGUGAUGACGCAGGUCUGGAUGCAUGUCACUCGCGAGACCGCCCUGAUUCAGUGGGAAGCAUACAAGCCUUUGGCAAGGGAAAUACGAGAAAUGUAUGAGUCAAAUCUUCUCGAUGUGAUGUACGAUUUCUCAAUGCACUCGCGGUAUCCCCUCACGGAAAUCGAAGUCUUCGGUGGCAACAUCGUUGGCAGGAACAGUGGCAGUACGAAUCGCCGCAUCCGCGAGCGUACGAUCGAAAUGAGUAAGCGAUUUGAGAGUGACACCGCUUUCAUUGUCCAGCGUAUUGUACAGGGGGAUGACGGCGAUCAUGAUGAAGCACUUGCGCGAUCGGUUGCAUGCAUGGCUAUUGGGAUGACGGAGCAGUCCAGGGUCGGAAACAUGUUUGGUGAACUAAAGAGUUGGAAAUACUUCGCUGCAGCAGUAUGCUUACAGCAGGUCGAGGUGUUCAAAGACAAAUAUGAUCCCUUCUGGUAG